CCUCGUUUGACCGUUUGGGUUACGCUCCCGGGAGUGAUCGAAUAACAAGAAGCAAUGGCUCGUACAAAGCAAACUGCCCGUAAAUCCACUGGUGGAAAGGCUCCAAGGAAGCAGCUGGCUACAAAGGCUGCCAGGAAAAGUGCUCCUUCCACAGGUGGUGUGAAGAAGCCACACAGAUACAGGCCUGGCACUGUUGCCUUGAGAGAAAUCAGAAGAUAUCAGAAGUCUACUGAGCUGUUGAUCCGAAAACUACCAUUCCAGCGACUUGUAAGGGAGAUUGCCCAAGACUUCAAGACUGAUUUGAGGUUCCAGAGUGCAGCUAUUGGUGCUCUUCAGGAAGCAAGUGAGGCUUACCUGGUUGGCCUCUUUGAAGAUACCAACCUGUGUGCCAUUCAUGCCAAGAGAGUAACAAUUAUGCCCAAGGACAUCCAGUUAGCAAGAAGAAUCCGUGGCGAGCGUGCUUAAACAUUUUGCUAGGAACUUUUUUUUGAACUUAGUUUUUUUUUUUACAAUUGUACAUACAAGUGUGAUGUCUUUUAUUUUAUAAAGGGUUUGUUAACUGUAGAGUAGUUGACAGUAAGAUGGUAGUAAACAUUUUAUAUGACAUUCCCUUAAUCCUCAGGUUUUUCAGAAAUUUGUAUCUGCAGCUAGUCUUUUGUGACCCUCUCCUUUAAAACAUAGUGCAUGCCCAUACUUCAUUCUUUACAUAAUUUAGUAUCUUUCUGUGUAACUCCAUUGUAAAUAAACUUUCCACUACCUCACUUGUUGCAUUGUUUAUACCUGGGUUUUGAAUCCUGCAUGACUGUAGUAUUUUUGGACCAGUUUAAUUUUGCAGCUGUUGGCAAAUACUUCAGCCUCAAGGCAUAUUAUGACUUGCUAGUAUUAGGUUAAAGUUUUAUUAAAGCAUGCCAGUAUUUAACCUAAACUUUAAAACAAAGUGCCAGUGUAAGCAUUUCCUAAUUGCAUAAAAUAUAUAUACCUUUUUUACUAAGGGGUUAUACAUUAUCUUUUCAGCUAAGUUGGUGUUGGGUGGAAUGCUAUGGAAGAACAAAGCAAUGGUACUAUAGUCUAAAUUUGGGAGGUUUAAAAUCCCCUUAUUUCAGUGUAACAGCAGUGAGCCCACUAACAUUUAUUAGGGUUCUAAUCUUCCUGUGUGCCAGUGCCCUUGCAUUUCUCUGAAGUAUUUGAGGAAUAGAGCAACUAUUGCAUUAAUUAGAAUACUUUUAAUAUAACUUGGAUUAUGCUCUGUAGGGUUUCAGUGAAGCAAAUCGGAAGAGUAAGACUCAAACUCCCCAUCCCCGUUUAAAGAGGUGAUCCUGGGAGACGGGAGAUGAAACUUAAACUGUCUGAUAAAAAGCAACCGUCAAAGUAAAUAGUUCUGGUGCAACUAAACUUGGUGAAGGGAAUAAUUGUAUGGGGAACUACUGCUUCAAUAUUUCCCAAAUCAUAACCAUAUUAAACUGUUGCAGGUUCACAUACAGUCAUCUGUUAAAACAGGGUAAGGCCCUAACAUCAAUACUUAAUUCUUGCAUAGGUGCCGAGAAUUGGCUUUGUGUACUAGAGAAGGCAUAUAUGUCCAGCUUCAGAAAGAUUACAUUAGCUUUCUUUGCAAAUGUGAAUUUUAGGAACUGUAAAAGACUAUGGCCUUAUUGUAAUUCCUGGCCUACUUAAAUUUAUAUGCAACUUCCUGUAGACUUUGUGCCUUUUUGCCAGUCUGAUUGACAUUGCAGGACACUCUGUUGUGCAUAUACAGCUAAAUAAUAUUGGUAACAUUAAAAGCAGGCACGGUGCAGUUA